AUGUUUUUCUUUUAUAAAAUCUUAAGACUUGAACUUGAUUUUGGAUAUUUUCGAAUAUUUGGUUUAAAAUCUAAUCAACAAAAUCGACCAUUAAUAUUAACAUCAUCUUCAAAAUCAUUCAAUUCUUUGAUACAUCUAGAAUUUGAAUUAGCUCCAAUUCAUAAAAAAGCUGAUUUUCGAUUUCUUUUAAUAAUGGAACCAUUAACCAUUAUUUAUCAUGCCGCAACAAUCAAUGAAAUCGUUUCACAUUUUGAACCAAUUGAUAAAAAAACUUGUUCUUCAACUUCAAUAAUAAAACAACGAACUUUUCAACAAAUGGAAAAUGAUUUAUCGAAUAAGAAAAUCUUUGAUAUGACUAUGCAAAUCAAAGGUUUAUCUCUUUUAUUACCAGAAUAUGGAUAUUUUAAACAUUGGCGUAUUGCUGUUAAAAUAGCGAAAAUGGCUCAAGUUGAUUUAUCAAGAAUAAAUUUGACUAAAAUAAUUAAUCUUAAUCAAUCAGUUCCAUUAUUUUAUUCGAAUAUGAUGGAAACAAUAAAUCGAAUUAAUCUAUUUUUCAAUAUAUUUCCUCCUCAUACAAGUAUCGAAUCUCAUGCAUCAAUUAAUAAAUCUUAUUUUGUUAUUAUGGAUCCAAAAACAUCCAUCGAAACAGAUUUCUCCUGUCAUAUAUUGAAGACAAGAGAUGAAGAUGAAUAUAGUAAAUCAAUAAAAGUUAUAUUACAAAAUUUAUCAAUGAUACUUCAUUCAUCUUUAAUAUCAAUUCAAUCAUCUUGGCCAUUUUAUCAAAAUAAUGAUAUUCAAUUAUUAUAUUCUGAUACUGACACGAAACUAUGA